CUCCUGGCCACAUUCGCAUGUGAGCUGUGACCCUCCGAGGAGCCGCUGAGAACUCAACGCCAUCACCAUGGAGUUCGUGAUGAAACAGGCCCUGGGAGGGGCCACCAAGGACGUGGGCAAGAUGCUCGGGGGCGACGAGGAGAAGGACCCUGACGCCGCCAAGAAGGAGGAGGAGCGGCAGGAGGCGCUGCGGCAGGAGGAGGAGGAGCGCAAGGCCAAGUUCGCCAGGAUGGAGGCCGCGCGCGAGGCCGUGCGCCAGGGCAUCCGCGACAAGUACGGCAUCAAGAGGAGGGAGGAACGCGAGGCCGAGGCCCAGGCCGCCAUGGAGGCCAGCGCGGAGGGCAGCCUGACGCGGCCCAAGCGGGCCGUCCCGCCGGGCUGCGGGGACGAGCCGGAGGCAGAGGAGGAAAGCAUCCUGGACGCGGCCAUCAGGUACCUGCCCGGGCCGCUGCAGGACAUAUUCAAGAAGUAA